GGCGCAUUAGCAGUCUUUCUCUGAAUGAAACUGACAUUCGGUGGCCGACAUAUUGGCUCUAAACGUCAUGUAUUGCCCUGGAACGACCUUCCCGUUUGAGCCGAAAUGUCGCCAGUUUCCUUGACGCUGUUGGUGAAGCGCUGGUUGUGAAAACAGCGCCAUUUCUGUCGGCGUCCAUGAUACGCGAUGCUACCGCAGCGGAUUCCGGAGCUCGAGCUCGGAACGGCAGCGGGAGAGAAGUAACCGCUCCCCCUUCGCUGUUCCUCUUUACUUCAAGCAGCGGCAGGUUGUGCUGGUGAAGUAAGACGUAGCCCCCAAAAUGGACCCCUCCAACUGAGGCGCAAACACAACUAGUGUUUUGCUCAACAGCUGACAUUUUUAACCAGCAUAAGCCAUGCCUGACGAAUAAAAUCCUCUUUUUGCACAAAGCAAUAAAAAAAAGUAAAGGAAAAAAAAAACAUCCUACAUGCCUCCCCAUGUAGAGCCCCUUCAGCGCGUUGUGCUGGAGUGACACCCCUCCCUUUCCAGAUAGGCUCUGCCCCAUCUUCUUUCCACACCCUUUCCUACCAACCGCCCUACAGAAACAACCCGUCAUAAUGCCGCUCCACCUGAGAAUGGCCAAAACCUGAGGUCCCAUGCGUCCAGUGAGCACCGAUUCAGACGGUCCUGCUCCUCCUGAAAACCUCUCUUGCCCCCACACUCCAGUGGGUCCCCUGCCUGCCUCAGAGAUGUCUUUGCUCCAGUCACUGGGUCCUGUACAAAGCUGGCUUGGCCAAGAGCUGGAGAAGUGCGGGAUUGAUGCCAUGAUUUACACCCGCUAUGUCCUCAGCCUUCUCCUGCAUGACAGCUACGACUACGACCUACGGGACCAGGAAAAUGACAUCUUCUUAGGCUGGGAGAAGGGAACUGGGAAGAAAUGGGGCAAGAGUAAGAAGAAAGGAGGGACAGACCUGAGUCUUGAGGAAAUGAAGAAGCAAGCUGCUGUGCAGUGCCUCCGUUCUGCGUCUGAUGAAAACUCUGGAAUUGAGAGCUUGGUUGAGGAGCUUUGCUCCAAACUCAAGGACAUCCAAAACAAACAGAAAGAGGAAAAACAGAUUCGGAAGAAAUCUGAUGGCACUCAGUCUCCAGAGCGAACUGAGUCCCCCUCUUCAAAGGACCAGGUGGAAAUGUAUUAUGAAGCCUUUCCUCCUUUGUCAGAGAAACCUGUUUGUCUCCAAGAGAUUAUGACAGUGUGGAACACGGCUAAGGCCUGUACAUAUUCCAGCUCAUCAUCCUCUUCAGCCCCACAGACCAGCACAGACACCUCCUCCCCAAAAGAUUGCAAUAGUGAGGGCGAGACUACAAAGGAGAGGAACCUCGAGGCAUGUGGUCCCACUACAACUGCAACCAACGAGAGAGGCCAGCAACGACGCAGUAAGAAGGAGAAGGAAAACCGAUACCAUGGUGGUGCAACAGCAGAGGACAGUUCUGCUGUCCAUCCUAAGAGACAGACAAGGCACAGAUCUGAGGGCAAGUAUCGGCCCCGAUCCUGGUCUUCUGGCUCUAGUGAAGCAGGCUCAAGCUCAAGCGGGAACCAAGGUGACUCAAAAUCGUCUAGCAGCAAGGCUGUCAGAAUUAGGCAUAAGUCCAGGGAGGCUGGAAAGAGCAAAAGAGGACGCAACAGUGGUCAAGUGAAGCUGGCUCUUAAGGUCAUCGACAAAGAUGAGCGAAGGAAUACAGGAGCAAGCAGCAGCAGUACCGCUGUAGGGCCUGCCAAACAAACACAGCUUUACAAAAAGGGGAAGAGACCGCUGAAGGAGAUUUGUAAAGAUCCUGGCUGGGUGGAAGCGAAAGAAUUAGGAGUUGAGGUGAGGGAUAAAAAAGAGUACAUGGAAGAGCCACUUUGGUACACAGAGCCCAUCACAGAGUAUUUUGUACCUUUCAGCAGCAGACAAAGUAAGCUGGAGACAAAAUAUCGAAGCAAGGUGGACUCUCCUGAUGGCUUUGCCUUGUCUGCUGACAUGGAGAGGCUGCCUGAGAGAAUACAGGGAAUCUGCAUUGCCAGUGAGAGCUACCAGAGGGCAUACUUAGCAGCAGGCUCAUUUGUGGAUGGGCACUUUGUGGAAGGGCCUGGCGAAGCAGAAGAUGAAGCUGCUGAACUCACUGGGACCUCAAGCUGCCCUCAGCCAGAGGAUAGUAGAGAUUUAGAUGACAAGCAUCUGUCUGAAUUCACUCACUUCUAUGAAGUUGAUAUUUACCAAUCCAUAUUGGAUACUAGUGCCUCAGACUCGAUACAAGAGAGUCGGAUCUUGAGCAUGAUUCGACAGAAAAGCAAAGAGCAAAGAGACCUUGAGGCAGAAUGUUGUUUAGUGUUAGAUGGCCUUGAGCUGCAAGGGGAAAGUGCAAUAAGGGCAGACUCGCAGGAAGCUUCGGGAUCUGUUGGAUCCUUAAUGCAGGAUCUUGAAAAUAUGGCUCAAGUUUGGGGAUGUUAUUCAUCCUCUAGUUCAGAAGAUAUAGAUGGAGAAAGCUUUGUAGGAGACUCUCCCAUUCGGCUCUCCCCACCACUUGACAGCGUAUCUUUCACGCUGAGCAAGCUAUCUGGAAAUGUAGAGGAGCCACAUCUUCCUGAAGCCACCAGUGAACCACCUGGUUUGAACUCAUCCUGCUUCUCUCUGUUUGAGCUGCAGUAUGAUAGCCCCACUUUUCCUUUUCCCCGCGACUCACUCACCGUUGGUCAUGAAAACAACACCGAUUCAAGUAGCUGUCUUGAUCCACAUUCUAAUAAACAGUCUCGUUUGCUAAUAUGGACCAAAAAUAGUGCCUUUGAUGAAACUGAACACUGUUCAAAUCUUUCAACACGAACUUGCAGUCCGUGGUCACAUUCUGAGGAGACGCGUUCAGACAAUGAGCAAGGAAAUAUUCAGACUGAGGAUCCGGCUCAAAUUGGCAAUGAAGAGAUUGAUUGUAUAAUCCCUCCUCUCUCUGGUACCUAUCUAGAAGAUGAAAUCCUGGAUUUUUUGCAGGAAGACACUGGUUGUCAGUGUGAAGAGACCAGUGUUACCACAGCAUCCAAUCAGACCUUCACCAAGAAAUCUAAAUUGGAGUCCAUUUGUGGCAUAGCAUUGGAAGAGGAUGAGAGCAAACAGUACAGUACUGGCAUGUUUUCGGACAACACAAACCAACAGAGUGAUGAUUACAGCUCAGGGAUAAUAAAGGAUAUUUGGACUGCAAUUGAAGAUAGAGAUUCUGUAAUUUCAAGGCAAGGAACAGAAAAGCCAAGUGAGGGGCUAUUCUCAGAUGAGUCAAGCAGUUAUCACUGCAGCUGUCUUGAGGUGCAGGCAAAAGGAGGUCCAAUUCAAGGACCUCAGAAAAAAGCAGUGCAGCGGUCAGAGUAUCACCUCUGGGAAGGCAAGAAAGAAGAGCAGGGCUUAGCCAAAAACAAGCUUUCCAAGAUAGAUGGUGCUGGGGACUACAUGACUCCGUCCAAGCCCUGGGACAUGAGCCCCGAUAAGGAGAGUACAUCAUUCAUCUUAGGAGGAGUGUAUGGAGAGUUAAAGAUGCUAAGUGGUGAUAAGAACUGGGCUGUUGUGCCGCCCAGUCAAACACAAGGUAGCCUGCUGCAGUGUGCCGCUGCUGCUGCAUCUGCCUCUAGCUCAGACAUGCUUACCAUCACUGGCACAGAUGUGUUCAUGAACACCGGCAGCUGCUUUGCCCCUGGUCACAGGCCCCUGUGGAGGCCGCUUGUUUCUUUUGGGCAGAAUGACCAGGCCAUUAGAGGAGGCGGAGAAGGAUUGAAUAAGGGAUUUUCUUUCAUCUUCCAUGAAGAUUUACUUGGAUCUUACGGAGGCUUGCACAGUGAGGAGCAAGGUUUAGGAUACCCGUUUGCGUCCUUCAACCUGAACAAUCCCUUCUCUCAAGUGCUCCAUGUUGAGUGUUCCUUUGAGCCUGAGGACAUGGCUUCAUUUAGCCCAGGGUUCAAGCCCAAAUCCAUACUGUGCUCAGACUCUGAGAAUGAAGCCUUCCAUCCACGAAUAUAUGGCAUCAACCGGACGCAGUACAGGGCCAUCCGCAUUUCCCCUAGGACUCACUUUCGACCAAUAUCGGCAUCAGAGUUGUCUCCUGGUGGCGGAAGUGAUUCAGAGGCUGAGUCUGAGAAAGAGGAGAUGAGUUUUCCCGUCCUUGCGCCGGUGGACGUCUUUGAUGAUCCUCAGGCAGACCUCAAACCUCUUGAGGAGGAUGCAGAAUGUGAGGGCCCUUAUUAUGGGAAGUCAGAACUGGAAUCUGGCAAAUUUUUACCCAGAUUAAAGAAAUCUGGCAUGGAGAAAAGUGCCCAGACCUCUCUGGAUUCUCAGGAGGGCUCCAGUACCCUCCUACCAAUUGCUGAGCAAGAGAUUUGCUUAGACUGCGAAACGGCGGCAGCCGCAACGACUGCAGGAGGACAGAUGGACAUCUCAGUCAGCAAGAUUCAAAAGGAGGAAUCUUCAGGAGAAAAGGAGACCUCCUUAUGUGCGCCAGCAGGUCACAUCCCCAAGUAUGGGAUUGCUUAUGACUUUGUUGGAGAGAUGGCAGAGUUCCCUCUGUUGAACAUAAGUGGACAGGGAGGAACCAGCAACCAGCAAGAUGAAUGCUGGUGGCAGAACACGCUCUGUUCCCCCCUUUUUCCUGGAUCUCAGUGUACAGGAAGCAGCAACAUUUGAAUACUCCACUUUUGCAGAGGACGCCUGUUAUCGAGAGGAAAGUGCCUCUCCCUGGACCUCUACCAGCAAAGAAUCAGGGGCAUCUCAGAGCUGGAGAACCUACCGUAGGCCACUGUUCUGAGGAGACAACCCCUCCACAACCCACCCCUAACCCCGCUGAUUUUCAUUUACUAACUUAACCUUGUGUAACAAUCAGAUCAACAGAAAGUGAGCAAAAAAGGAAAGCUCAAAAAAUGCGUUCUUCAUGUCUUUGAGUGAUCCCAUGUGCAGACACACAUUUUAGGAUUUGUUUCAGUUGAUUCUUCUGUACAUUGGUCUUCAUUCAAGACUCACACUUAGGUAUUAGGAACAAUCUUUUGUUCUAUCCUUGUCAGUUUUCUUCCCACCUUUUUGCUUUUGACCUUGGAUACUGGUAGUUGAUGAUGUCUGAAUGGUUGUGCAUGUUUGUCCAGCAAGUCUCACUCCUUCUCCUAGUUAAACCUGCAGCAACUUCUGUGACCUGUGAUGCAGCAGUUGAUAAUGUUUGAAACAACUGCUGUUGCAUCCUCUAUUUUCCAUGUUCUGUUACGAAAGACUAUAUAAGGAUAUUGAGGUUUUUGAGUUGCGUAAAAUUUGAGAGUUAAUUUAAAUAGCUUGAAUGCCUUUCUGAAUGUGGAGUAGAGAAUGUGUGCAGCUUUUUUCUAAAAUCCGUAAAUUCCCCAUGUGUGAAAAGUUAUUAUAAAUGAGUCUGAUUUUGAAUGGUGAUAGUCAAAAGCUAGCAGUAGACAUAGUAUGGUUUGUGAGGCAAAAAAAGUAAAAUAAAGGACUUAAUAAGGACUUUUGUUGGCAAAAAAUACUAAUAAAAAGUCUACUUAAAAUGCAUUGCUGUUAAAGAAAGAAAAGAAGAAAAAAAGUUUGCGUUUUGAGGGUAAAGGCCCAUCACAGAAACACAUAACUACAGCCAUUUCUGCAGACACCUAUGUGUUACAAUUGAAUGAAACUUUUUUUGUAAUUUCUAUGGUACAAACAAUUGGUGCUAUGAAUAUGUUAAAAAAAAUCUUUUGAAGUUGCAGUUCCAUAAUAUGGCUGUGAUGAGUAGAUGCUAUAGCAUAGUUUUGUUUGUAGUUGAGGCAGAGUCAGAAUCCAUUAUUUUUUUGUGAAAUUGUGAAAAGAAGAAAAAAAAAAGUUUGGCUGAUCGCGGUUCUUGCUUAAUGCAGCUUGGUUUUUAUUUUAUGGUAAUGCUUAACUUAGUCGUCAGGCCUGUUAACAGAUGAACCACAAAUACAAGUAUUUUCACAUUUCUACACAUUCUUUAGUGUUAAAGAAUCCCCAAGUAUAAGGAUAAUAGCACUGAUUUGAAAGGUGAUUAUUUACUGGUCAGUGAAGAGGCAACUAAACAUAGAUGUAUGUCAAAUAGAAAUUGGGGAAAAAAGGUCAAACCAAAAAAGAUGGUAUAAUUACACUACGGUACAAAUGCUUUUCUUUUCCUUUUGAGGUGUGUUUUUAUUUUUUGGUUUACAAUAUAACUUGUUGAAAAUAUACAGUGAUGUCUCACAGUGUGUGUGUGUCUGUAGGUGUGUGUGUGUGCUUGUAUGUGUGUGUCUGCACUUGUAAAAAAAAAAAAAAAAAGGUUUAAAAUGAGUGUGCUAGAACUUUAUCUCAGAGAAAUGUCAAUGUAUGCAAAACAUACAUUUACAACAUGCACAUUUGCCCCCUCCCCCCCCGCCCCCCCAAAUUUGACCUGACCAAAUUAGUGUUACAAAACCUUGAGAUAUGGUUGGACUGGUAAUUUUUGUGGCCUGUGCAUUGACUAUUAAAUUGAUACAUUUGCAGAUAAAUGCAUUGUGCAUUUUUUCUUGCAAGUCUUUCCUGCUCUUUGUUACCGCUUCUGCUUUCCCCAUUUAACUUCAGUAUAUUUGAACAGGCUAUGAGGGCACCACCAGUGUUUUUUUUCUCUGCAAUAUCAUGAAAAUGAAGCACAGAAAAGAGAACAAAAUCACCAUCCCACCAUUUGUAGUGCAUUCAUGGAUGGUAAAAAUGUCUGUCAGCAUUGUGAGUAGACUUGCUGUAAUGCACUGUCGCAGGUCAAGGUGUCUUCAUUGUGAACAUGGCUUUUGAGAUGGUUCCCCUAAUUGCAAAUGCAAAGAUUGUCCCACAUGUUUGAUCUGUCCAAUACCAGAUUAAUUGAAAGGGCCUCAAUUGAAUGCCUCCAAACCAGUUAAAUGUGCUUGUUUUGGUUAGCUGUUUAAAACUGAAACAUGAAUGAAAAGCAACUCCGACUUCAGGGUUUCUCCAUCUUUCUUUGACAGUUGUCAGACACUCAGGAAUCCUUUUAAUACAAUCAUAUUGCAUAAGCUACACUCCAAUCUGUGACAGUGCAUUCAAGCAUUAAUGCAAAAUCUUUAAUUAUAGAGCGGAAAUUAUUGGCAGGAGUUAUUUUGGAGCAAACCACAGAGUUGACUGUAAAGUAAUUAAUUUAGAGCUAGUUUUAGAGCAAACCAAGCCAUUGUAGAUUGCAUAAGCAAUGUGGAGGGGAAUUCAGGAGCCCUCAAUCCUAUGCAAUACCUUGGCGCAUGUAAAUGUAACAUUCAAGAGUAUAUGGAGCAAAUUCAUUCAUUUAAUUUUGCAUGUAAAUUACUUUUGAGUGAGGGACAGCUGACAGAAAAAAAUAAAGCUUAGAAUGUCUCUAAAAAGCAGCAUGCAAAACAUCACACUCCAUCUCUUUAUGUUAGAUAAAACUUAAAUUUUGAUUUAAAAAAUGCAACUGAGGCGAAAUCAGUGAUUGAAAGAAUAUUGUGAUUUGUGUGUGUGCGUGUGUGUGCGUGUCAGUGUGUGUAAGAAGCUGAGUCACAAAAAGCACUUACAUGGGAGUUGAGAGAAAUGCAUCACACCUUUCUACAUUUUAUUCUUCCAUUGUUAGGCUGUGUUUGAAAAAAAAAAAAAAACAUGUUUGACGAGAAAAUGCAUUCAGUGAGGGUAUGCAUUUGGAACAACACUGACAGGGUCUAACAUUGAGUUUUGAUUGCACUGUGGUCUGAAGAACAUAUCCAGCACUGAAAACUUUAGUUUUCCUCGUCGCUUCAUUCCCUAGAUGAUGCCCCUUCAACCUCCCAUCCCUCCCCUCCCACCCCAUGCUCCUAAACUCCAUCUGUUCCAAGUGGUUGUGUUGUUCUAAUUUCUUGUACAUCCUGAGUAAAUUAUUUUGUUUCAUUGUGGAGUUUCUUAACAUCUAAUAAAGGAAUAAUACAAUGAUAA